AUGUCUCUUUAUGUGGACGAGUGCUCGCUGGGUUCUGCUUCUCUCUGUGAUUUUGGCUGCAACAACUUCCCUGGCUCAUACAGCUGCACGGAGCUGCGGAGUCCCGCCGUGUCGCUGGCGGCCGCCCCUGAGAGCGGCGACACGGCGUGCGGAGCCCCUGGAGGGGAAUGUCAGGAUGUGCGGGAGCCGUGCGCUGGCGUUGAGUGCCCAUCGCCGCCGGCUCCGUGCUCACAACCGCAGCCCGGCACGACGCCUGCAGCCUGCUGCUCGAGCUGCCGCGGUUGUCUCCAUGAGGGACGGGUGCGGAGUGAGGAGGAGGUUUUUUACGAAGACCCCAAGAACUGCACCAUCUGUGUCUGCUCUGGUGGCUCUGUGAGCUGCGUCACCCCCUCGUGCCCCCCUCUACUCUGCGAGCACCCCACGCAGCUCGCCUGCUGCCCAGCCUGCCCCAAUGAGUGUGUGCACCAGGGAGCCGUGUACUCGGAGGGCGCCGUGUUCACUCCUGAGGACAGCCCCUGCACGACUUGCGUGUGCGAGGCCGGUGUGGUUGGUUGUGCUGCGGUUGGUUGUGCCACCCCGGACUGCGUGGGCACCGCGCUGGUGCACAACCACGGCGACUGCUGUCCAACCUGCGACACCACCACAACCACCACAACCACCACCACCACCACAGGCUGCCGCGUGGAUGAGAAUGGGGCGUCGCUGCCUCUGGGACAGAUCUGGUCACCGGGGGACCCCUGCGUGGUGUGCACCUGCCAGGCUGAUGGGGUCAUCUCGUGUCACCGCACCGAGUGUCUGGAGCGCUGCACUCACCCCCUGCCCUCACCGCCUGGACAGUGCUGCCCGGAGUGUCCACGCUGGUGAGCCGUGGCAUCAACCCCAUCACCACCAUCACCAUCCACCAUCACCACCAUCACGAUCACCACCAUCCACCAUCACCACCAUCACCAUCAUCAUCCACCAUCGCCAUCAUCACCACCAUCGUUAUAAACAUCACCA